AUGAUCAAUGGUAGAGAUAGUCCCGAGCAGCAGGAUGCCGGGCUUCUUUCGCAUGAUCAUUACAAAGCUCGUCUCGGCAAUGGUUUCAGGUUUCGGUUGAGAGAAUUCCUCCUGCCCUUUGUUAGACAGGAGACAGAACAUCUCGCUCGAUUGCAGAGCGUUAUGCGAACGCCCAUUCUUGAUGUCUACUUCUCCUACACCGCCCUCCUCGGCACCCACACAUUCUUCAUGAUGUUCCUACCAAUCAUCUUCUGGUGCGGCUACACGAACUUUGCACGAGCGAUGGUACACGUCCUGGCUGCUGGUGUGUUCUUCAGCGGAAUGCUCAAGGAUUACCUCUGCUUGCCUCGGCCGCUUUCACCGCCGCUGGAGAGGUUGAACAUGUCUCAUUCGACAGCAUUAGAGUAUGGCUUCCCGAGCACACAUUCCACCAAUGCUGUUAGUGUGGCUCUGUACGCAUUGAGUACUCUGGCAUCGUGUGGUGAGGAUGAUUUGUCCCCAAAGGUGGCUUUAGGUUUGAAGCUUGUGGCUGUUAUCUAUGGAGUGAGCGUCGUUUUUGGGCGUUUGUAUUGCGGGAUGCACGGCUUCUUCGACGUCAUGGUAGGCACUGGGCUAGGUGCUCUGAUCUGGUGGCUCCGUUGGGCUUUCCGUGUUCAACUCGACACCUUUGUGUAUGAGGGUGGAUGGCAAGUACCAUUCAUACUCAUCCCCAUUAUUCUGAUCAUGGUCAGAAUACAUCCGGAACCUGCCGAUUCGUGUCCAUGUUUCGACGACGGUGUAGCGUUCGCCGCCGUAGUCCUUGGUGUCGACAUUGGUGUCUGGGUCUUUGCGAAAUCAAACUUUGCCUGGAGUUCGCCUUCUCCGGCUACCGUACCGUAUCUCUUCAGUGACCUAGGCCUCUCAAAGAGCGCCUUGCGGAUCAUACUGGGCGUUGUCUUGAUUUUCCUCUGGCGAGCCAUUGCAAAACCAACCCUGCACGCUGUUCUUCCGCCAGUUUUCCGUCGUCUCGAAACCCUAGGCCUGGAUCUUCCUCGCGCCCACUUCAUUUCUGCGUCGACGUACAAGCAUGUCCCUGCCAAUAUCCCAGGGGACACCUUGCCCGGCGUUAACGAAAUCAAGGAAUCCAUCCGAUCUAUUGGACGAAGAAGAGGAGCGAGUGUGGGCCCUCAGAGUCAAGCUGACUUUUAUGAAGCAAUUGACUACCGCGAGCGACAAAGACGAAAAAGCAGUGUCGACGGCAAAGUCGGCGAGAGUAUUCAGGCGGAUCUGGACAAAUAUAUCAAGGAAAAUGAGGAGUUGCUGAAGAGUAUUGAAAAGCCCAGGGUGAGGUACGACGUCGAGGUUGUGACGAAGUUGAUCGUCUAUGCCGGCAUUGGCUACAUAGCGAUUCCAGUAACCCCUUUCGUCUUCGCGUUCGUGGGUUUGAAUCCGGCUUGA